AACGCUUCGCAAACAAAACGGAACGAACACAUGUUAAGACGUGUUGCAGUGGGCCAAAGCGCCAACCCUGACAACCCCCAAGCUCAACCAACCCUGACAACAACUUUUUCGCAUGGAAAAGUUACCCAAUACCGGCAACAGCAACCAAGCAACUCUUGCCAACGACAACCUCUUCCACAAGAAGAAGAGCGGGCAAAACAUGAUGGCACACACAUCCACCGCAUCCAUGCUGCACUUCCUGAUGAUCGUGCUCGCCACGGCCCUCACUGCGGCCUCACCGGUCACGGCACAACAGAACGGCACAGCGGUCCCUGCCGCGUACCGCAUCCAAAUCGGUUGCGUCCUCUCCCCACUUCACCCAGAGGCAUGUGAUGCCUACGAGAACUUCCUGAACGCUGUUAUCCCCGGCCUCUUUGCCUUUCACCGCAUGUCGGAACUGGAGCUGCUGGAUCAGGUCGACACCCUGGAGUAUGCACUCGUCGACACCAAGACCAUGUCCUGCCUCGACGUCGAACAAGGAUUCGCCCCUCUCAACGGCUUUGGCCUCCCCGUCGUCACAGCCGCUGGCGACUCAGGAGACGAGGUCAAGUUUGUAGACACCGUUGGCGGUGUGAUGUUCACCACGCGCGACUCCCGUAUUGUCUCACUGUCUGACCUCAAGGACCAGGUCAUCGCCGGCACCACCAUCACGGACUUUGCGAGCACGCACGCCAACUUUGCCAAGUACCGCAGCAAGAUUGGCACUGACCUCAUCGACGACGCAGCCGAGGUUCAGUUCAUGGGCACACACGACCGCGUGCUUGAUGCCGUGCUGUCUGGCGAUGCUGCUGCCGGCAUGGUGCAAACCGGUUUCCUCGAGCAAGCCGCCCAUGACGGGCUGCUCAACUGGGAAGACAUCGACAUCCUCGCCCAGGAGAUUGCCAUCACCGAAGACGGCACGCGCUUCCCCUACUUCAGCUCAACCCCCAUCUACCCAGGCUGGACCGUUGUUGCCACCAGCUUCUCAUCGCUGCAGGCGCGCACCGAUGUGCUCAACUUUGUCCUCGCCGUCCCCAGCACCACCAUCGCCUUCACGUCGCCCGAGAGCUUUGCCGGCGUCGGCGAUAUCCUGGAGAACUUUGGCGUGAUUGAGCGCGAUCUUGUGCGCACGACAGAGACCCGCUGCGUCCGCAAGAUGUCGCACAUUGUUGUUCAAGAGGAAGAAGACCACGAGGAAGAGACGCCAGCGGUGGAGGUGGACGGUGAUGGGCACGAGGGCGAAGAAGAAGAACAUGAACAGCCAUCUUAUGAACCGGGCACAGUCGUGUUGGCUGCUGCAGGUGGCGAGCAAGGUCAUGACGACCAUGAGGAUGAACUCUCUGCCUCCCAAAUCAUCUGCCCAAACACGCACUUCAUCUACAACCACGCUGUGCUCGCCACCCGCUGUGCCGGCCGCUCGUGCCCCGAGCAAACGCGCUGCCUCUGCCGUCCAUGCCAGAAGUCCGCGCCAAUCUUGGCACACGCCACUCCGUUUCAAUUGACGGAUGAGCUGGUGGAACAGGAUGACCCUGCGGUUCACGACAUCCUGCUGACGUCGUGCGAUCGAAUGCGCGUGUGUGCGUUUGGACAGCAGGCGCAGACGCUCCACUUCGUGCUUGAGGACCAGCUGUACUCUGAGCGAGGCAACAAGGACACUCUGUUCUACUUUGUCAGCCUCUUCUGGGCUGAUGCCGAGGGCUUCGCGAGCAUGGAGGCAGUACCCUUGGCGCACGCGCCCAACCUCGCUACAGUCAACGUCACUGAAACACAUUACGGCACCGCAGUCGUGGAGGUCUACCUUGCCGAUCGCAACACGGAGUUUUCGGAGUGGCAGCCCAUUGAUGGAAGCCCCUUCCUGCUUCAGGUCUCGCCACGCGACUGCCCAGAUGGAAUGGAGGCAACGCAGGACAACACGUGCGAAUGCCCUGUGGGCACGCUCCACCUGAGCGGGAAAUGCAUGCAGGCAAAGGAGUACUUGCCCAUCUUCAUCGGCAGCGCCCUGGCUGUGAUUGGCAUCGGCGUGUACAUUGCCAUUGCGGUGGUGCGACGAAACGCAGACAAGCUGUGGCAGAUUGACGCGGCAGACGUUGUUGUGAGCGACCCGCCCGAGGUGCUUGGGAUGGGCGCGUUUGGUGUUGUGAUCAAGGGGGAGCUGAACGGCACCGGCAUCGCCAUCAAGCGCGUCAUGCCACGAUCAUCCAAGAAGACGACAGACACGAAUGGACGCAGCACUCGCACGAGGGGCAGGAUCGCCAGCAGCAAGCGCAGUGCCAAGAGUGCCAGCACCGUUGACAGCAGCAACGUCGACGUGUACUCGAUGAACGCGACCAGCACCAUCCAAGCAUCCAAGACAACCAAUGGCUUUGGCAUGGAGUUUGGCAACGUCGACAAUGAGGCAGCGAUUGAGCGGGCGCUGGAGUGGCAGGAUGCGGAAGCAAACAAGGCAACAACAGCCCGCACCGGCCACGGCAAGGAGAUCUCCAACGCCAAGUCUGAGUUCAUGGCGGAGAUUCGCCUGCUGUCGCGCCUGCGUCACCCGUGCGUCGCCACCAUGCUCGGCGCCAUCGUCACAAAGUCAAGCGAAGUUCUCCUCGUCAUGGAAUACCUCGAGCACGGGUCGCUGUAUGACUUCCUGCGCAACGACAAGCUGCCGACACCAGACAUGUUCCUGCUGCCCAUUGUCAAGGACAUUGUGUCUGGCAUGCGCUACAUCCACAACCUCAAGCCAGCAGUUGUGCACGGCGAUCUCAAGGCGAAGAACGUGCUUGUGGAUGGCAACUUCAAGGCCAAGAUCUCCGACUUUGGUCUCUCCCAGAAGCAACGCUUUGGCUGUGGCACACCAAUGUGGAUGGCGCCAGAGGUGCUGCGCGGAGGAGAGGUGACACGGGAGGCGGACGUGUACAGCUUCGCCAUCACGGUGUACGAGAUCUACAGCCGGCAGGACCCGUUCCCAGAUGAGGACGCGUCGGAGGUGCUGCGUCAGAUUGCCGCACGCCAGGUGCCGGCAAAGCGACCCGACAUCCCAGACUCGUGCCCCGUCAUGCUGGCUGAGCUUGCGCGGCGGUGCUGGUCCGAGGAGCCCAAGUUCCGGCCAACGUUCGACCAGGUGGACGCGCAGCUGGGCGAGCUGAACAUCAGCAAGGUGGGCGCAAGCCUCAUUCAGCAGAAGCAGGACGCACUCAACAAGGCCACGGUGCUCAACGACGUGUUCCCAGAGCACAUUGCCAAGAUACAUUGCAGAUGCUGA